GGCAAAAGAUGGCUUUUUGGAACUUUCAAAAAUUUAAAACCAUGAAAUAUAUCUUACUGUUAUUUUUGUGCAUUUUUAUAGUUAGGUCCCAAGCCAGCAAAGACUAUGAUUACAUUGAGCCGGAUGCCCGUGGUCAUCGUCCCAUUGAUAGGAAGAGGGAAGAAGCUCCCAGCCUGAGACCCGCACCACCCCCCAUCAGCGGGGGUGGCUACCGGGCUCGCCCAGCCAAAACUGCUGCCAACCAAAAGAAACUGGAAAGAAAAGCGCCAGAUGCAGGGGGCUGUCUGCACGGUGACACAGACCUGGGAGUGUUGUGCCCAACUGGAUGUCAGUUGCAAGAUGCCUUGGUCAAUCAAGAGAGGACCAUAAAAAACCAUGUAAAUGAGUUAAAUAAUAACAUGGAGUCUAUUUCCCAGACCUCUUCUAGCACUUUCCAAUAUAUGACUAUGCUAAGAGACAUAUGGAAUAAAAGACAGAAGCAAGUACGAGAUAAUGAAAAUGUAAUAAAUGAAUACUCCUCAGCACUAGAAAACCACCAAUUAUACAUAGAUGAGACUGUGAAUAAUAAUAUUCCAACUAACCUCCGUGUGCUGCGUUCCAUUCUGGAAAACUUGAGAAGCAAAAUACAAAAACUAGAAUCUGAUGUUUCAAUGCAGAUGGAUUAUUGCCGCACUCCAUGUACUGUUAGCUGCAAUAUUCCUGUGGUGACUGGCAAAGAAUGUGAAGAAAUAAUCAGAAAUGGAGGUGAAACAUCUGAGAUGUAUCUUAUUCAACCUGACAGAUCUACCAAACCAUAUAGAGUAUAUUGUGAUAUGAACACAGAAAAUGGAGGAUGGACAGUUAUUCAAAACCGUCAAGAUGGGAGUGUUGACUUUGGCAGGAAAUGGGAUCCUUAUAAACAAGGAUUUGGAAAUAUUGCAACUAAUGCAGAUGAGAAAAAAUAUUGUGGUGUACCAGGUGAGUAUUGGCUUGGAAAUGAUAAAAUCAGUCAACUUACUAGGAUGGGUCCCACAGAACUUUUGAUUGAAAUGGAAGACUGGAAAGGAGAUAAAGUGAAGGCACUUUAUGGAGGAUUCACUGUACAGAAUGAAGCCAACAAAUAUCAAAUAUCGGUGAACAAAUACAAAGGCACUGCUGGCAAUGCUCUCAUGGAUGGCGCUUCACAGUUGGUAGGAAUAAACAGAACCAUGACCAUUCAUAAUGGCAUGUUCUUCAGCACCUACGACAGAGACAAUGAUGGCUGGCAAAAUGCAGAUCCCCGAAAACAGUGUUCUAAAGAGGAUGGUGGUGGAUGGUGGUAUAAUAGAUGUCAUGCAGCCAAUCCAAAUGGCAGAUAUUACUGGGGUGGCCAGUACAGCUGGGACAUGUCAAAGCAUGGCACAGAUGAUGGAGUGGUCUGGAUGAACUGGAAGGGCUCCUGGUAUUCAUUGAAGAAGAUGUCAAUGAAGAUUAGACCCUUCUUCCCUCAACAAUAGUGUCCCUAAUGUAGAUUUUUAUUCUUCUAUAUAUAACAGCAUUUUUGUACAUUC